AGUAACAUUACAUUUUUCUUAUUAUUUCAGACUGCCUACAACGAGAGAGGAGAUGUGUACGAUUUCAUUCGGCAAGUGAUGUGUCUCCCGUUCCUUCCAUCAGAACAGAUUGUGGAGACUUUCAUGAGGCUGGAUGACCGCGUCACAUCACCGGCAUUAGCAUCCCUGAUGGACUAUAUCGACAGAACAUGGAUUCGAAGCAGAACUUUCCCCGUCAGCUCGUCGUCCAUUUUCAUGUCGCCUAUUAGAACCAACAACGACGUAGAAGGGUGGCACAACCGGUUGAAUUCCCGAGUCAACAUCAGGGGUCCCGUUCCAUUUUAUCUGUUGUUGCAGGAGCUCUUCAGGGAAGCCACCGCGAUCCCCCUUCAAUCAAAGAUGGUUUGCGAGAACAAGCUCGCAAGAUACCAGCGGAAGAAAACACGGGACAUUCAGAGGGAAGUGUUUCGAUUGUGGGGACAGUAUACAGAUGGUGAGGUUUCAACCUCCCAGCUGAUGCGGAGGAUAGGACGUUUGUUACAUUGAAAGUGUGUUUAUGUAGAUGAACUGUAGUGUUGUGUUGUGUAGUGUUGUGUAGUGCUAUGUUGUGCUGAUGUAGUGCUAUAGUAGUGAAGAACAUUUUGUUUAUAUAUAUGUAUAUAGUUUGUAGUGCUGAAUGAACAUUUUUUUAGUUUAUUUCCAGGAUGGUACAAUCAUGCAAUGUUAAUUUUUGUAGCGCUUAUGUAGUUCUCUCGUAGUUUUGUCCAUAGAUAUGUUUAUAGUUUGUAGUGUUGAUAGAUAUCAUGAAUUAAAAAAAAAUAUAAUAAUAAUAAAAAAAAAAGCAAAAAAAAAAACAUAUGGGACUUCAGAAAAGCAGGGUCCACGUCCCGAGUCCUGGGUACACAGAUAUACAUGUAUAUUGUAUUAAUUUAUUGUGUAGCGAAUGCUUUUCAACAGCAUGUCAUAUAAUAUAUGCAUUUAUGUGGUAACUUGUUUUUAUUAUUAAUUGAUUUAUAUUAUAUAAUUUCAUUUUACAUCAUUGUUAUUUUUUUUGAACUUAUACUAAAAUUAUUGUGUGUUACA